AUGUCGGAUUUCAAUUUGAAAUUUGAUGAAUCAUUCAGAAUCAUCACUAUCGCAUUAAGGUCAAACAAAUGUUAUCCAUACGUCACACGCGACAAAAUCUGGUUUUUGCAAUUUAUUGCGAUGUUUACUUUAAAUUUCGGAAUCUUUAUCCUUCUUCUCAAUUCUAUCAUAUUCUACGAUGUUCCAGCAAGAGAAUUUACCACCGCAAUUAAAAAUGGUAUCAUGGCUAUCGUUGCAACCACAAUUACAUUUAAAUAUUGUAUUCUUGUGAGAGACAAGAAUUCAAUAAUACAAUUUAUUGAGAGGUUAAACGAAGAUUAUGAGAUUGCAAAGCAUUUAUCUGCCGAAGAAAGGGAUAUAGUUAGUAAAUUUUCUGCAAAAGGAGUGUUCGUUUGCAAGAUUUGGCUUAUAAUUGCUGUCAUUACAAGUAUUCUGUUUCCUUUGAAGGCUUUCUACUUGAUGGGACUCUCUUAUUCGAGAGGAGAGUUCCAAUUGGUUCCGAUGUAUGAUUUGAACUAUCCAAAAAUUAUCAACGAUUAUAAAACAAUGCCAAUUUUGUAUUUUAUAUUAUUUUCGUUGACAUUUUACUUUGAUCUAUUUGCUAUGACGAUGUAUAUGGGUUUCGAUCCUCUCGUGCCCGUAUUCAUGUUGCAUUUAUGUGGGCAAAUACAUUUAUUGAGUCGGCGUAUACAAAAAGUUUUUACAGGAAAUAAUACAAAUGCUGUUAUAAAUGAAAACUUGAAACAGAUAAAUAUCAAAUUAUCGCAAAUAUAUAUAUUUGUUAGAGAAAUACAAGACGUCUUUACAAUUCUUUACGAAUACAAUUUAAAAACUACGACAUUUUUAAUACCAUUUGCUGGGUUCCAAAUAUUAGAGAGUGAUAUCUUACGGGAGUCAAUAUAUACUUGUGGCUGGGAAACUAUUGAGAACAUACAACACAGAAAGAUAAUAUUGUUCAUGCUGACGAGGGCCACUAAGCCACUUGUUAUUCGUACAGUAUUUUUCCCGAUUUGCCUUGAUACGUUUGCCGAGAUGUGUCGUCAGUCGUAUGCGAUUUAUAAUAUUAUGAAUGCAGCUUGGACGUAG